AUGGAGGCCGCCGUGGUGAGCUCCACGGAGGGCGUCCUGCGGAUCCUCCUGGGCAAGCUCGGCACCGUCCUCGCCGAGAAGUACGUGCUGCUCAGCGGCGUCGGCUGGGAGAUCCAGGAGCCCAAGGACGACCUCGAGAGCAUGAACGCCUGCCUCCGUGGCCUCGCCGCUGGCAGCGAUUACCACCACAGCGAGCAGAUUGCGUUUGCUUGA